AGAAGAAAGAGGGACAUGGGCGAAAGAUUUGUGGUAGUCCCGGUGGGCGUAGGAGUGGGGGUCGCCGGGGAGGGGGAGCACUCGGACGCAGUUGUCGCUGACCCCGCACCGGACACCGGCAGCAGCUGCGGCGGUGGGACAGGGCAGGAAGAAGAGGCGGGAGAGGACUCUGUGUUCGAGACGCAGGACCCCGUGGUGCCCAUUCUGGAGUACAACAGGGAGCCCAACAAAUACGGUGAUGGCGUCCCAAAGGAAAACAGUCCCUUUAUCAACAACACAGACAAUGACAAAGGCAACAGCUACGAUGGCACCAACAUGGCUCUUUUUGAGGAGGAGAUGGACAGCAACCCUAUGGUGUCAUCUCUCCUCAAUAAACUGGCAAACUACACCAAUCUCACCCAGGGGGCCCAAGAGCAUGAGGAGGCUGAUGAUGAUGAGGGACCCAAGAAGAAAGCUGUUAAGAGCCCUCAGAUGGGGACCUUCAUGGGUGUCUACCUCCCCUGCCUCCAGAAUAUUCUGGGGGUCAUCUUAUUUCUGCGGCUUACUUGGAUUGUUGGCACUGCCGGAAUCUUGGAGUCCUUGGCGAUAGUCGGCUUGUGCUGCUCUUGUACCAUGCUGACAGCCAUAUCCAUGAGUGCAAUCGCUACUAAUGGGGUUGUGCCAGCUGGAGGCUCAUACUACAUGAUUUCCAGAUCUCUGGGCCCAGAGUUUGGUGGCGCUGUAGGUCUUUGUUUCUACCUGGGCACAACCUUCGCUGGCUCCAUGUAUAUCUUGGGUACUAUAGAAAUUCUGCUGACCUACAUCGUGCCUAAAGCAGCCAUCUUUGUUGCAGAGAAAAAGGAGGAUGCAGUGGAUGCUUUGCUAAAUAACAUGCGUGUUUAUGGCACAUGCUGCCUAACACUGAUGGCUGUAGUGGUUUUUGUAGGGGUGAAAUAUGUCAACAAGCUUGCGCUAGUCUUCCUGGCCUGCGUCAUUCUCUCCAUCCUCGCCAUCUAUGCUGGAGUCAUCAAGACCAUCUUUGAGCCACCGGACUUUCCUCUUUGCAUGUUGGGGAAUCGCACUCUGCAGAACAAUAACUUUGACCGUUGCCUUAAGACAGAGGUUAUAGACAAUGUGACGGUCACUACCAAGCUGUGGAGGUUGUUUUGUGACGGACCUGAGCUCAAUGCCACCUGCAAUGACUAUUUUUUCAACAACAAUGUGACCAUGGUGCAGGGCAUCCCGGGACUGACCAGUGGAGUCAUUUCAGAAAAUAUGUGGUCAGAGUAUGGCCCUCUGGGUAGGUUGGUAGAAAACACGAAGUUGCCAUCUGUUGGGGGAAGUGACCCUGCCCAGGACAUCUACUUGCCCUAUGUAGUCAAUGAUAUCACCACCUUUUUCACACUGCUGGUUGGCAUCUACUUCCCAUCUGUAACUGGUAUCAUGGCUGGUUCAAACCGGUCAGGUGACUUGCGGGAUGCUCAGAAAUCCAUCCCCGUUGGGACCAUACUGGCUAUUGCUACCACCUCCAUCAUCUACAUUACAUGUGUGGUGCUAUUCGGGGCCUGCAUUGAGGGAGUUCUGCUUCGAGACAAAUUUGGAGACUCUGUGAAAGGGAACCUUGUUAUAGGCACGCUAUCGUGGCCGUCACCGUGGGUUAUUGUGAUUGGCUCAUUCUUUUCCUGCUGUGGGGCAGGGCUGCAGAGUUUGACUGGUGCCCCACGCCUGCUGCAGGCCAUCGCACGAGAUGGCAUUGUACCUUUCUUACAGGUGUUUGGCCAUGGGAAAGCUAACGGAGAACCUACCUGGGCUCUGCUGCUGACUGCUGGGAUCUGUGAGAUUGGCAUCCUUAUCGCCUCCCUGGAUGCUGUGGCUCCUAUUCUCUCCAUGUUUUUCCUCAUGUGCUACUUGUUUGUCAACCUGGCCUGUGCGGUUCAGACCCUGCUGCGGACCCCUAACUGGAGACCACGCUUCAAAUACUACCACUGGGCUUUGUCCUUCCUGGGAAUGAGCUUGUGUCUUGCUCUUAUGUUCAUCUCCUCCUGGUACUAUGCUAUUGUGGCCAUAGCCAUUGCUGGCUGCAUCUACAAAUACAUCGAAUACAGAGGGGCAGAGAAGGAGUGGGGAGACGGCAUCCGUGGCCUUUCUCUCAAUGCAGCACGGUACGCCCUCAUUCGCCUGGAGGAGGCUCCACCACACACGAAGAACUGGAGGCCUCAGUUGUUGGUGCUCCUGAACCUGGAUUCAGAUCAAGGAGUCAGACACCCUCGUCUGCUGUCCCUCACCACCCAGCUGAAGGCAGGGAAAGGCCUAACAAUAGUGGGAAAUGUUUUAGAGGGAACCUAUCUCACUAAAGAGGCAGAAGCCAAGAGGGCUGAGCAGAACAUCAAGUCUUCCAUGUCAGCAGAGCGAACAAAGGGUUUCUGCCAUGUUGUGGUGUCUUCAAACCUCAGGGACGGCUUCUCCCACCUCAUCCAGUCUGCAGGGCUAGGAGGCAUGAAGCACAACACAGUCCUAAUGGCCUGGCCUGGGACCUGGAGGCAGUCCAAUGACCCGCAGUCAUGGAGGAAUUUCAUAGAGACUGUGCGGGAGACCACAGCUGCCCAUCAGGCCUUGCUUGUGGCUAAGAAUGUGGACAGUUUCCCUACCAACCAGGACCGCCUGGGGGAAGGCACCAUUGAUGUGUGGUGGGUGGUUCACGAUGGAGGCAUGCUGAUGCUGCUGCCCUUCCUGCUGCGACAGCACAAGGUGUGGAGGAAGUGUAAGAUGCGUAUUUUCACUGUGGCCCAGAUGGAUGACAACAGCAUCCAAAUGAAGAAAGAUCUCCAGAUGUUCCUUUACCACCUGCGACUGGAUGCAGAAGUGGAAGUGGUGGAGAUGCAUGAUAAUGAUAUCUCAGCCUUCACCUAUGAGAAGACACUGGUGAUGGAGCAGAGGUCUCAGAUGCUGAAACAGAUGCAACUUUCCAGGACUGAGAGGGAGAGAGAGAUUCAGAGUAUCACUGACGAAUCACGUAGCUCAAUCCGGAGGAAGAACCAGGGUGCUGCCCCGAGCGUGAACCUCAGCCAACAGUCCUCACCGAUGGAGGACACUCAGGAGGACGAGGCUCAGCUCAUCCAUGACAGAAACACAGCAUCUCACGCCACGAUAAAUGACAAGGCCGACACUGGGCCUGAGCGGGUUCACAUGACUUGGACCAAGGACAAGCUCUUCACAGAGCGUAAUCGCAACCGCGAGUGCAAUGCCAAUGUGGCUGUACGCGACCUGUUUAACAUGAAACCAGAGUGGGAGAGUCUUAACCAGUCAAAUGUUCGUCGGAUGCACACCGCUAUCAAGCUGAACGAGGUGGUGGUCAACAAGUCCCAGGGAGCUCACCUGGUUCUGCUCAACAUGCCUGGACCACCCAGGAACAGAGGAGGAGAUGAAAACUACAUGGAGUUCCUGGAGGUUCUCCUUGAGGGUCUGAACCGGGUCCUGCUGGUGCGAGGCGGUGGCCGUGAAGUCAUCACCAUCUACUCUUAAAAAGAAGUCUCACACCCCACCCUGCACACAUAAGCUGCUUCCAUGGAAACAGCCGGCAUUUUCGUUGAAGAAGCCUAAAUUGUUUUUUAUGAAGGGCGGGGUUUGUUGAAAGGCAGGACCGCUUGUGACAGAUGGUCUGAAGGACCUCAGGAUGAAGGAAACAGCAUUGAAUCAGUUGACUGACAGAGUACAAGCACAAUGUGUGUCCAUGCUGGUCCACAGUACCCCUGCACAUGGAAGAUAGGGACACUUUAUUUUGUUCAUUUAACACUGAAGACAUUGUUUUGUUGUGUUCUGUUACAUUUUUAUUUUCGUUCCCUCACGUGUAGAUGUUGUCAAGUUACUGGCACUCAGUGUCUAAGAUAAGUAGAACGGAGUAUUAGGGCCAUUGUAGUUAUAACAAAAGAAAAAUUACGUUGCCGGGGGAGGGGGGUAAUAUUCCGAGAAUUUCAUAAAUUAAAUUUAUGAUAAAAAAUCAUGGAUAUUUUACAAGAAAAAAAACUCACCAACCAGUAUUAUGAGAUACUUCCUUCUGACCAAAGCUGGAGGACACAAGCAUAACAAACUGCAGAAGAUGUCACUGAUCAAGUGGCUUUGUUGCAGUCCCUCGUAUCUGCCUAACUGUCUGAAAGCUCCACGUCUUCUCCUAUUGUCUUUGUCUUGUAUUUUUAAUGAAUGAAUAACAACACCAUUUUAAGUAUUUUUCUCACAAAUUUACCAUUUUUUUCUGAAUAUUACCUCCUCUCAUGGCUCCAUAAUUAUUAUUAUUCAUUUAUCUACAAUGGCCCUAAAACACUGAAUGUGUGCUGUUGAUAUGAGCCACGUAGUCUUUCAUGUUGUCUCGUGUGCUCAAUUCUGGGAGAUGCCGAGACGUUUGCUGGACCUGAGAAAAACAUGCACAGAGAUGACAAGUUACAGAAUGGCUUUGAACUCAGGGGCGAAUUCACAAAGAAAGGAAAGAAUGGCUGCUGAUAGCACCAUGAAAGGUGCGUCUCUUGCAAACGCUAUCUGCCCUGUCUAAACGUGCAAUUCACAAAAGAUAUUGUGGUAAUGACAAUUCGGCUGAAAUACACCCAUAAAGUUAUGCAACUGAGAGCAAUUUUCCCUUGUUUUGCAUCCCAGUAAUAUAUGUUCUUAAAGGGGAAGUAAGUGAUUCUGCAGAAGGACUGUUGAUAUUCGAGCUCAACUGCCAAACAAAUCCUCCCUCCUUUAGUGCUCCCUCAGAAGCUACGCUCCCCAAUUUCAAAUCAUGAAGGUUUCAACACUGUUAAAACACCUAGGCCCUUGCCUGGUCAUAUAACAUUCUUCUGUUUAUACUCUUCAGACCUUUUCCUCUUUGGCUGUUUCUCAGCCAUCUCUCCUUCUUCACAGUGCCUGGAGUCCAGCACGUUCCAAUGUGCGAUGUAAAGAACUCUCUCUCAGUGCCCUCCCCCCAUCACUCCUGUACAUGAGCACUAACUGUUGCUGAUUGGCUGGAAUAAUGUUGUGGGGAACAUCCACACCAUGUUUUUUGUCUUCCAUUUACAGAGCCAGGGCUGUGUAGGACAACCACAUGUUUUUUCAGAGCAUACAUAAAACUGAGAGCUAGCAAGUCAUAAGGAAAUAUUCACUCAAUUUAACAAAAAGUGUACUGGAUUACAAUCACUUACUGUCCCUUUAAGGUGUUCUGAAUGCCUGUAGCAUAUCACACGGUAUGAUUAAGCAUUUGAGUAAGAUAUUUUUACAAAUGCAGCUGUAAGAGAAAAACUUUAAACUCUUAAAAUGUUUGAUUUGAAAGAGAAUGUAUUCUAAUUAGAAUUAUAACUAUUCUAAUUAUCCAUUAACUCCCUCUGCUCUUUCAUUUAUUUUUAUCUGCAGGAUGUCUCUAGUUUUUCUGACUCACUCUAGAUUGGGUGUUUUGUCAGAGUUGUUUGGGAUGUUUUAACUGCACUCCCCCUCCUGCAUCUGUUUUCUCUACUCUGCUCUGUGCUGGUCUGUUACAGUGUGUAAUCAUCGUUUCAUUUCCUUGUGGUAGAUAUUAGGUAUUGGACUUUUUUUUCAGUGAGGCUAAUUUGCAUAAAAGGGCCAAAUGUAGGAAUAUUACUUUAUUGAAAUAUGUGCACAUAGCACCGGUGCACCAAGAUACUAUAUGACUGGCAGCACAGUUUUUGCAGGUGCUUUUAGAAUUUUCUUUUUGUCUUAUUUGUUCAGGGUUAGUGACCAUGUAAUCCUUUUGCAGGUUAGGGUUAGAAUUCGCCCCUCAGUGUAGGAAGCUUACUCAUAACAACACAUACUGAAUUUUCAAUAUCAAAUACAGUUUGGUGAUCUGUACUAAUGUUUUCAUUUACAAUAAGUGGUUUCAGUCUGAACUAAAGUAGGGGCAAAACUGUGAUCAAUGCUGAAAAGGUCUGACAUCGAGCAGCAUUUGUAGUUGUAGUGUUCUGUGGUUGUUCACCUUGUCAUUUAUAUGGUGAAGGACCGGCUGGGAGGACACUGAAUGUGCACCAGAUUUUAUCUCACCAUCUGUUAGG